AUGGCUUCCUCUUCCAGCAGCAGGGCAACCAAAUUGCAGAAAAUUGAUUCUUUGAGAAGAAGCUGCCCAUAUGUCAGCCAAGCAGCCUUAGAAGCCUUGCUCAAAAAGGUAAAGGAGGAGGGUGUGCCAGAAGUCAGCCAUUCCAAGGCAAUGAAAGAAGCCACCAGGCAUUAUUUGUCCAGCAUGGAUGCUUAUGGGAAGCUUUUAAUGCAAGUCCAGGUGGUCACUGUAGAUGGCAACACAAAGCCAAUCUGGAUAGCCAAUGCUUUGUCCUUGCUGGCUGGUGCCUACAGACAAGGGGGUGCAUGGGCUGCCAUGCUCCAAAGAGUCCAUGGGCAAAGACCUAGCUCUUAUACCACACCAUGGAGGCUACUACUGUAUGCAGAUGAAGUUGUGCCAGGCAACAGCUUGGCCCACAGGCAAGAAAGAAAAACCCAUGCAAUCUAUGCUUCCUUUGCUGAAUUCCACAGCUUGCUGAGUUGUGAAGAUGCAUGGUUCAUUGUGGCCAUGCUGAGGAGCCCAGAAGUUGCAGACAUUCAAGCAAGCAUAGGCCAAGUCUUUGCCAAGAUUCUGGAAUCAAUCUUCUGCAGCCCUGUGGCUGAUCCCAGGACUGGCUUGUGCUUGCCACACCUGUCUGAUUCUGCCCAAGACCUCAAAUUGUUUUUUACCAUGGGUGGGUGGCUCCAGGAUGGAUUAUCCAUGAAGCUAACUUUUUCCACAAAAGGGGACUCUGGAGACAAAUUCUGCAUGUUGUGCAACAAUAUUAGAGCCAUGCCCAUGGACUCUGAUACCAGUGAAGUUUCAGAGGAAGACAUCCUGGGGCCCACAGUGUCCCAACUGGCUGCAUGUGAGCUGGCCACAGACAGAGAAGUUUUGGAUGCCUUCCAAGCAUGCAAGGCCAAGGCUGCCACCAUGAGCAAAGACAAUUUUACCAUAUACCAACAAGCAGCAGGUAUUUCUUUCAAUGCCCACUGCUUGCUCUUGAACCAGGCCCUGCUGAAUGCCAACCUGUUGAGCCCAGUUUCUGGCUACAUCCAUGAUUGGAUGCACACUAUGGCAUCCCAAGGGGUGAUGCAAAGAUCCAUUUGGCUGCUGCUGUCCACUGUGGGGAUUUGGGACAUGGUGCCAAGUUUCCUCCAAUUGUGGACAUUGCCCAUUGCAAUUGCCAAAGCAGGCAAGCUGCAUGAUUUGUUUUCUGAAAAGAGAAUCAAAUUCUACAAAGAGAACCAGAAGUUCAAGUGCACAGCCAGUGAAGCCCUGGGCUUGACCACUUUGUUGGCAUAUAUGGUUGCCAGCACUAUUUUGCCAUUGGGCAUCCACAAGGAAGAGUGCCAAAGCUUUUUGGAAAUGGCCACAGUUUUGGACAUGCUCCAAGCAAUCCAAUAUGGUGUGGUUACUCCAGUACAGCUUCAGCUAGGAGUGGAAAAGGCACUACACACCUUCAAGCUGGCUGGCCAUGAAGGCGAAAUGCUGCGGAAGCAUCACUGGAUGCUACAUUUGGCCAGCCACCUGAAAACUUGGGGCUUUCUUCCUAACUGUUGGUCUUUGGAAAGAAAGCACAAACUUGUGACCAGGUUCGCCACAAACAUGAAGAAGUUGACCACAUUUAGCCUCAGCCUAUUGGAAGAAUCUCUUUGCCAAGAUCUGCAUGACAUCAAAACAUCAGAGCAUUUUGUGGAAGGUGUGCACUUGUUGAAAAAACAUGCACCCAGUGCCAAACUGUACAAUUUUUUGUGUGAAUUUGUGUUCCAGCAAUCAGUUCCCAAGAGCUAUGUGUGGAGUGCCACAGCAGCCAAGCUGUCCUCAGGUUGCACCAUAAGCCAAAAGGAUAUGGUGUUGAUUCAAAAUGAAAGCCAAUGGAAAUGGCAAGUGGCCAAGGUAGAGCACCAUUUUGAAGUAAGUGGAGAAAUUUAUUCUGUGGUGUCCUCUUGCAAGGUGCUGGAAUACACUUGGGCCACUCAUUCAGCAUUGGUUGAAGACCAAACAAACCUACAUUUCGUUCCAACAUCAUUGGUGCUUUGUUCUCUCAUUUUUGCCAAAGAGCAAAACAAGCUGAGAGUCUUGAUUCCUUUUGCUUUUAGGCCCACUAAAAUGGAUUGA